GGCGCCUACGACGACGACGGACGAAUUCCGGAGCUUGAGCUGACCUUGGCGAUGGAUAAGAAACGAUGAUGGUGGUCGAAAGGUAAGAAUGAAAAAUACCUGGGAGACCGAAUCCAUCGAGGAUCAUCUGCCGCCCGUACCGGCGGUAGUCUUCGAUGGGGAGCUCCAUGGAAGGCAAGAGGCAAGGAACACUGCUGCAACACGGUCACGGCUUGCCUCUUACCACGAUGUCUCUUCCUCCUCCUGGACAGCCUCUGCCUCUCAUCGACGACGCCAACCUCAACGCUCCCUUUCUCCUCUCAGGUAAACGAUAUAUAGUACCAUUGCUUAAAAUCAUCGCUAUUCAACAGUAACUCAGCCAUGAAACGACCACCAAUCCUUCCUUGGCCAGAUAUCUCUUCACGCGCCAAAUGGUCCGUGUCCUCUGCAAAAUUCGGUUUCGGGGUCGAGUGCUUGCGAGACGGUGAUUCUGAGACGUUUUGGCAUUCGGAUGGUCCCCAGCCUCAUUUCAUCACCAUCGAGUUUCCUCGAAAAAUGCCCGUCCAGAAACUGAGCAUAUACCUCAGUCAUCCUCUGGACGACUCGUAUACCCCCGCGACGCUUGCCAUUCGUGCCGGAACAGGCUCAACGGAUCUGCAGGAUGUUCGAAUAAUAACAUUGGAUAAACCGGAUGGCUGGCUAACUUUCGAUAUCUCAUCGGAACCCAACGAGGACGGUGACGGGCUGAAACCCAUUUACGCCUACGUGCUCCAGAUCAUCGUCAUGACCAACCACCAGAGCGGUAAGGAUACCCAUGUUCGGGGUCUACGUGUCUUGGGACCUAUCGAGGACCAGGAUCCUCUUGACACAGACGUAUUUACGUUCAAAACUCCAGCAUACAAAAUGUACGAAUCAAUUCGAUAAGCCAUUAUCAUGGCACUGUGUAUUACUAGUUGUAUCACUAUUACAUCUCGGACAUGUACACACAUACAGAAUAAACAAAAAAAAACACCUUUCUAUCCGGAC